UCAACAUGUUUUUGAAAAGAAACACCUGUUUGCUGGUCUUUCUGCUGUGUUCUCUUACCUUGUGGUGCAAGUCGACCAACGCAGGCUCCAGCUUUCUCAGCCCUUCACAAAGACCUCUGAACAAGGGGAAGUCUUCCAGAGUCGGCCGCCAAGUCAUGGACGAGCCUAGUCAACCCACCAAGGACAACCACAUCACAAUAAGUGCCCCCUUUGAAAUUGGCUUCACUAUGAGAGAGGAGGACUUUGAGGAGUAUGGUGUAGUGCUGCAGGAGAUCAUUCAGCAUCUGCUGGGAAACACAGAGACUGCAGCAGAGAGACCAUCAAAACUUUGA